AUGGUAGCACUGCAGGAGUGUAUACUUUAUAAAGAAUCCUGUGAAAAUUACAAGGAAGGAAUAAAAGAGUCAAAUGAUCAACAGAAAACUGGUCAGAGAAGCUUCUACAGUGAAACAGAGCUUGAAUAUGCCCGCUUUGUGCACUCACUGUCCGUACUGGGGAUGCUGCUGAUCUACACUAAUGGGAGAAAGCUCUUUCCGGUUAAAGUACACACGUGUAAAGAUCCAGUCAGUCUGACGGAGCUGCUUGUCACCCUAAUUCUUAUCAUGUACCAACACCCAAAGGCGUCUCACAGGGAUGUUUCACACUCAGAUACGUUGUCUCCCAGUGUUCUGGUGAUGGAGGUGCUAUGGAUGCUGUGUGAAAGGACAGAAAGUGCUGCAGACUGUCUGCAUGUGAGCCCUGUGAUAGAGACUCUACUGGCACCUGUGCUAGCACUGCUCAGUGGACACAAGACCAAAUUAAAGUCUCCUCUAGCGACUUUAACACUCAUUGCUGAUGUUUUGGCUCGAAUCGCCAACACCAACAAAGGAUUAGAUCUCUUCCUACACAAGAAGAAUCUAAUAAUAUCCCAAAAUCAGAGAACCUCUGCGGCACACGUCAUUGUUCAGUUCACUUUGAAGCUGCUGAAUAAACAGCUCCCUGCGCUGAGUGACCCUGAGGUGUCCUAUUCUUUAUGUGGCGCCUUCAUAUUUGUGUGUAGACAGAUGUACAACACCUGUGAGGGUCUGCAGGUGCUCCGACCCUACGGCUUGCACAAAGCUCUGGCCACAGCCUGGAGACAGAUCAGAGAAGGGCUUCAGACUCCAACACCCGGAACCAAUCAAGAAUUGUCCAGUGAUCGUGAAAACACGCUCAUGUGGGAGGAGACCAUCUUGGACAGCCUACUGAACUUUGCAGUGACUCCUAAAGGUCUUCUACUUCUGCAACAGACUGGGGCUAUUAAUGAGUGUGUGGGAUACAUGUUCUCACGCUUUACCAAAAAGCUGCAGGUGAGUCGUUGUGAAAAGUUUGGAUAUGGGGUGAUGGUGACACAGAUUGCAGCGACUGCUCCUGGAGUGGUGGCUCUAAAUAGCUCAGGUUUUAUUCGGGCUUUGGUGAUUGAGCUAUGGUCAGUCCUGGAAUGUGGGAAUGAAGAUGUAAGAGUUGUUCGUCCAAAACCAACCCCUAUGGAUCCUAUUGACCGAAGCUGCCUAAAGUCAUUCCUGUCUUUGGUCAACCUCCUUUCCUCUUCCCAUUCUGUGUGGGAACUGCUAGGGCGUCAAACUCUAGCCAACAAGGAUGAAUACACUUUGAGAGAGAUGCCUACAUCCAUCCUAGAUCUGAUUGACAGGCUGAUUGCUGUGAAUUCAGAUGCCAAGAUACACUCUCUGUUCCACUUUGAGCAAUCUCACACGUUUGGCCUGAGGCUUCUCAGUGCGCUUUGCUGUAAUCUGGACACAUUCCUGCUGCUGGAGAGCCAGUACAACAUCUGCUCCAUGCUGCUACAGAGGCAAAAGGAAAAUGUCGCCGAGAUGGGCAAUGGCAAAGGGGAGAUCAUCCUGGACAGUUUAUCAGUGGAGAGGAACUACGUGCUGGUUUGUGUGAGUGUAGUUGGAGGUGCUUCAGAAAGAAAACUCCCUCCUCGCUCCUUACAAGAGGGAGAGGACCCCUUUCCCUGGCCUUUGUUUAGCUGCUACCCUGUCCCAAGCUGCUACACUCUGGAGCUGAAAGAGACUGAUCAAAUAUCUUCAGAUCCUGAGCUCAGUGUGUUCCUGGCAUCGUCUGCAGAUAUUAGUGAUGAGAGCUGGAUGGAGCAGUGCAGAAGUCACUAUCGCAGGAUUAUGGCAAAGGCGCCCACUGUGCUAACCGGAGAUGUUUUGGCUAAUCUUCUGGAAAAAGCUGUUUCUCAUUUGUCCACUGCAGACUGUGAAUGCUUCUUUCCUCAAACUUUGUACAAAGCGGAGGAGAAAGCAGUGAAGAGUGCUUCUCUGCUGUCAGUGGAGGAGCUGGGGAUCAACAUCUGUCUCAGAUAUGGCUGCUUCCUGAAGCUGCUCGGAGAUGACGCAGGGGCCGAUUUGACUCUGCUGAUGAAACACAUGAAGGUCUUUUGGAGCUCUCAGAGAGUGAAAAGCACUUCACGCCUCAUUUGUCUGCAGGAUAGCUACCCAGGACACGACUGGCUGAGCUCCACAGUGUUCCUCAUGAUGAAGGGGGACAUGGACCGUGCACUCAGCCUGUUACUGGGCCUCUCAUCUCUGCUGGUCUCAGCUUUUAUAUGGCCAGCCAGGAUACACACCUCAGUCCAUGUUCCUGUGGCUGUGGCUGAGUCUGGGAUCGGGCCGCUUUACUGGUGCACUGCACACUAUGUGGAGAUGCUGCUCAAGUCUGAGCUCCCCCUGGUCCACUCAGCCUUCAGGAUAUCUGGAUUCACCCCAUCUCAGAUGUGCCUCCAUUGGCUGACUCAGUGUUUGUGGAACUACCUGGACUGGCCUGAGAUUGUCCACUACCUCUCCACGUGUGUGCUGAUGGGAGCAGACUACCAGGUCUACAUGUGUGUGGCUUUGUUCAAACACCUGCAGCCAGCCAUCCUGCAGCAGACUCAGUCCCAAGAGCUCCAGGUCUUUCUUAAGGAGGAGCCGAUCCGAGGCUUCAGAGUGUGUGACUACUUGGACUUUAUGGCGGAUCUGGAGCACAGAUACAGAGACAUGGUCCUCACUGACAUGAAGAACGUCUGUAAUCCUGUCGACUAGGACCACUCGCCACUACCAAACUCUUACCUGCUAUUUACCAAGCGGCUUUUCAUCAACGCCAGAAGCAUCCACUGCAGACCGCUGUGUGCUGAAUAUGUAUGCGAGCGGAGUUUUGUGGUGAUGAAACGGCAGAUGGGAAGACUUACAGAUGAGAGAGAGUCUGUUGUCACUGUAAAGACUGCUGCCUCUGAAAAGAAAGGAUCCAGCGCACAGAGGAACCAGGGAUACAGUGUUUGCAAAAUGAUACAGAAUUGGAGAAGUUGCUACAUGCUAUGUUUCUAACAGAACCAUGCUGGGCUGUAGAUGGAUAAAUUAUGCACUGAAUAUCUAUGUAAACGUUUUAGGGAAAAAAUCAUACUGGUUAUAAAAAUGCACUAUUAACUUUUGAAGUAUAUGCAGCGUUAUGCAAAGUAAGCGUAUUCUGAAAUGACAAUCUGAAAAUCACUGUUGUUUCAUUUGUGGGGUUUUUUGUUGUUGUUUUUUUUUUGUGGUUGUUUUGUAAAGAACUUUAAAUUGUACAUACGAUCCUAAAACAUUUCUAAAUGACAUUAUUUGUACUUUAUAACCAAGGGUACUAGGACCACUGUACUUUACAUUUAUAAGGAGGUACUGGGAUUUUUUCAGAUUUAAGAAGAAGGAAUUGAAUCAUAUUUUGAUGUAACAUUUUCUUUAAAGGGCCCAUAUUUUCUGAUCUAUGUUAUGAUAUUGUUCUCUCCUCAAAAGCAGCCUCAAAAGAUUUGUGUUUUGUUUCAUUCACUCAUGUUAAACACAAACAGUGCAUCUUCUUCUCGCACAUGGAAAACACAUUGUUCCACUUUGAGAUGUCAUGUGAUAAUACAGUAAGUGCUCCACUGUGUUUUUAAAUUACCAUACACCUUCACUAGAAUCAUUUGGAUAAUUUCAGCCCUGCAAUUCCUAAUAUUUACUGAACAAAAGUUAACAGAGCAUUUUAAGCUUUGGGGAUGUAGAAAACUGUUAAUAAAGUGUUACUUAAACAUAUGAAUGAAACAAAACACAACUAAAGGCAUGUUCUUGUGGAAGAUUUUUUGUUUUUCGAUUUUGCAUAAUACAGGAACUUCAAUGUUUUUGCAAGAUGAUUUUGGACAUUUUUUACAACACCUUGCACAUUUUUAUCAUGUUUCACCUGCUUAAAUGAUAUUGUACAUUUUCCAUACACAUAUGCACAAAUAGCCACUUCUAACACAAGAAUCUGUUGUUUUUAAAUUUCCAUCUGCGUAGGCAAGUAAA